AUGAGCUCUACUACGUCGUCUCCCUUGUCCAUUCGAAAACUUGGCCUGUGGCUGGCCCUUGCCAUGUUUCUAAAAUCCGAAUCUAUAUCCGCCGCCUUUCAACAACGAAUGCCAUUUGUGGUGGUUUCUACCAGCAGCAGGAGAAUACAUAUACUAAUACGAGACCCCAUUGUGUUUGGCAAAUUCUACUCGACCUUUGGUGGAAGUGACGACCUUCCUCCUGACGACAACGGCGACAACAACAACAAUGGUGACAGCAGUGGCAGCUUUGGCGAUUUCUUGAACCAACGAGGAGAAUCGGAAAAUCUACGUCGCGCCCGAGAAGAACUGAGUGAACAGAGUUUACCGUUGUCGUUUGAUGAGAGUUUGGACGAACCAAACGACUUGACAGAAAACUCCUCGGCACUGGUGGGUCCGAGUAGUAGUAGUAGUAGCAAUGGAUAUUCGUCUCCCAAUCCAGGACAGUUUUUGGAUGGACCCUCCCAAGAGGCAUUGGCCAAUAAUGCGUACAUGCAAGUCGUGUCCAAAAUUGCUCCUUCCGAACUGAUAUCCAAAUUUACCACAACGGCAAGUCCUCGAGUACAAGAUGCUGUACGAAAUACCGUGCUAGGAUUGAUUGGGAGUCUUCCCAAAAUGGCAUUUGACACGACAACCAUCACCACUGGAGCUAGGCUGGCAUCGCUCAUGUUUCAGUUGCAGAUGACAGGAUACAUGUUCAAGAAUGCCGACUAUCGUCUUAGCUUAUCGAAUGCCUUGAAAAUGGGAAUGGAAACAAACAAUUAUCGGCUUCCUGGUGGAACAACCCUUGAUGAUGACGACGAGGAUGAUGAUGAUGACUCGGAGGAUACUAGCCCCAGUAUUCCUACCGAUGGCAAAGUCAAGGGAAAGCUCAAGUUGAGUGCCGGAGGUAAGCUGUCCAUGGAAAAUGAAAGUAAUGAAGGAAACUCCACCUCCACGGUCGAAAUAGAAGUCGAUGCCGCCGCCUACAUGACCGAAUUGCGCUCCGAAGUCAAGACACUGCGAGAUGAACUCACGCGGACACAGCAAUCCAAAGAAGACCAGCUUCGCAAGGAUUUGCUUCUCUAUAUAAGAACAUUGCCAGAACAAGAGCUUCGGUCUCUGACCAACACCAUGAGUCAAGAUGUAUUGGUAUCCAUGAAAGGACUGGUCAAUGCCGUCAUGGCGGGCAUUGGGGAUGGACAAAUCACGCCGGAUACCGUGACCGAGCAAAGUGGAGAAGCCAUGGCACAGCUGUGCAUGUGGCAACUCGUCAUGGGAUACAACCUCCGGGAGCUGGAAGUGCGAGAAGAAAUGAAAAAGAGUUUAGGUUCGACCGAUGAUGCUGAUGGAGGUGUGGACUUGUCGGAACCGGGGACAUUGGAAUAG